AUGUCGAGCAUGCGUAACGCCGUCCAACGGCGGAACCACAAAGAGCGUGGCCAGGUCUCAGGCCGGGAGAAAUGGGGUCUUCUCGAAAAGCACAAGGAUUACUCGCUUCGCGCAAAAGACUACAACGCCAAGAAGGCUAAGCUGAAGCGCCUUGAAGAGAAGGCGCGCGAUCGCAAUGUCGACGAGUUCAAUUUCGGUAUGAUGGGAGGCAAGAACCGGACCCAGGGCAAGCACGGAGGUGGAGUAGGCACUGCUCGCGACUCUGCCGCAGCACAAGGACUCAGUCACGAUGCGAUUAAGCUUCUGAAGACACAAGAUAAGGGAUAUCUCCGGACGGUUGGAGAGCGAGUGCGCCGUGAGAUCGAGCGCCUCGAGCGGGAAGUCGAGUUGCAAGAAGGAAUGGACGAGUCACUGGGCAAGAAAAAAGAUGAUGAGAGCCUGGACGAAGAUGAAUUCGAUGACGAUGACUUCAAUUUUGGAGCUCCUCCGUCUCAAUCCAAGCCACGCAAGACUGUGUUUGCCGACGAUCGAAAGGACCAGUUGGCUAUGAAGAAGCGGAGACUACAAAAAGACGAAUCUGAGUCAGAGAAAGAAGAGCAAACAACAACCAAGGGCCGCAAGACUCCGAAGCAACUCGAGGCUGAGCGACAAGCACUUGUGGAAGCUCGACGGGCUCGCAAGCUUCGCAAACGUGCCACAGAGGCCCGUCAGAACAAGCUGACCGCACUCCAUAAGCAAUUUGCAGAGAUUCAGACUGCAGAGAAAGAACUCGACUGGCAGCGAGCUAAGAUGGAGAAUUCAGUUGGAGGCACAAACAAGGACGGCCUCAAGUGGAAGAUCCGUGAGCGGAAGCGCUGA